UUACGGAUUAUUUCCUUUCCCUUUAUUUUGUAUGGGAAAAAUUCGUUUGGUAUAUGCGUCAUUUUCGGUAUAAGUUCUUCCUUCUGGAACGAAUUAACGACGUAUACCGAGGUACCACUGUAAUGUGUUCUAGUCAUAGCGAACUGAUAGCAGGUGUAGCAAUAGGUUUUACCCUUUUAACUGGCACAAAAAACUGACACCUUUAUUCACCUGAUAGCAGGUGGUUCAAACCCUGCGCUCCAUAAGGCUGUGGGAAGUGGUUGGCAGAACUGUUGCGGAUACUGCAAUUCAGUCUCGUCGUGGAUUAGGAGAAUUAAAGCUCUGAUCUGGAUCAUAUGGUAUUUGUAUUGUUUUGAAAAGCUUUAUGGUGAACAUGUUGUAAAUGACCUCUGUAACACGUUGGAGUGGCAUUUUAGAGAAGACCAUAACUAUUAAAAAUACGGCUUUGAAAAAUGUAACAACUCAUCAACAUAAACCUUAUUUAUAAGCAGCGUAAUUGUUUUAAUCUGUCUGACGAUACACUGAAUGUCAUAACCAGUCUGAGGUUUACGUGUGUUUAACCAAUGUUAAUUAAAUUAUGCACUCCCAGAAGAAGGCUGGCUGAUGCGAUGUGUAAAAAAUGAAUAAUGCGGAGAAAGAAAUGAGAAGGCAGCGAGUUGUCUGCUUAAUUACAAGUGAGGCAAGAGCUCACAAAUACCCCAGAGUUAUAUCGAGUCCUCGGUGAGGGCUAUUCCACUGCGUACAAGUCUUAACAGCGAGACGCUUCAUUUGGUCAUUGUUGAACUACGGAUUAAAUAUUGUAUUUCCUCGUGUUCAAUUUCACAGUGCCACGCAUGUACGUUGUUCUGUAAACGUACACACAUGUACAAAUGGGCCCUGUGCAAAUCGUUUAGACUCCUGGGACAAAUGUAGUUAAGCAAGCAUCAGGUAGUCUAAUUUUCAACAUGGCACAUGAGAGGAGUGAUAUAUGUUAACUUAUUUCGGACCGUGCGUAGCCAACCAUGGUGGCCUUUACCUCGGCUCAACAAAUAGUGUUUUUUAGACUGCGCCGACCGAGAGGAUGCCUCGACGAGGUUCAGAUAUCAACUGCCAAUUGCGCCCCGGCAGCAGAGCACGAAACCACAGCUCUCCCCCACCCCCCACAACGGAGCCACAUCCUCACAGUGAGCGAGCGGCCCGAGUCACCACAACAGCCAUCCCUGCAUAGCGGGUCGAGUACAUAGCGCUUGGCAAACAACCUAUAGAGUGCUGCUGGGUGUGGAUUGCAUGACGGCGGAUCGGUGGGGCGCACUGGAGAGUUGUGAACUCGAGGGACGGAGCAGCGACCCCGCCGCGACUUCACGCUCUCAGAUACAUCCAGGGAGGCGGCUGCUGCCUGCGUCGCUGGUCAUCAUGAUUCGACUGCACCCCUUCGCGACGUGCAGGCUCGUGGCGUGGCUCGCGACGUGGCUCUCCCUCCUCGCCUCUGCCGCUGCAGAACCCCCACGCGCCUGCUCCAUAAUUCGCCCAGGAAACGUCGACUGCAGCUUCCGUGAUCUCGUUACGUUCCCGUGUCCCCUCCCCAACAAUACCCAAGUGAUUUGGCUCAAUAACAACAAGCUGCGCUACAUCCCGGCCGCCGCGCUGCAGAACCUGCGCAACCUUUCCAAGCUGUACCUGCAGAACAACCACCUGACACACGUGGAGCAGGGUGUCUUCGAUGCCCUGCUCCACCUGCAGGAGCUCAUUGCCUACAACAAUCCGUGGGACUGCUCGUGCAACGACAUCGGCCCUCUCAGCGAGUGGCUAAACGGCAAAAGUAAUUCAGGAGGCACGGUCAGCUGCCACAAAUCUGCAUCACGACCGGUGAAGGACGUCGAGUGGAGAGACCUCCCGGAUUGUGCGUCCACCCAAGGGAACGUGACCGAGACCCCCCCCUUUGAAUGCAAGGCCCCGCCGACCCCGUCCUCACCGCCCGUCGCUCCUCCCGUGUUGCCCAACAGAGCAUCCCGAGAGUCCGCCUCGUCUGGCGUCGCCGGGCAGAGCUGGGUCCGCGCCGUCCGGGAUCUCACGUGGGCAGCUCUCGUAGCAGCACUGUUCGUGUAGUGCCACCAACAAUCACAUCGAUCGUAACAUUUACAAUUAUAUAACUAGACUUUAACAAUGUACGUAAAUAUAACAGCAGCCUCCAAUUUAACCAACAUUGCAUUGUUGUUUGGUAAUCAGAGUGGUAAGUCAGCCGAUUCGUUUGUAGCUGAUUAGAGUUUACAUUUGAAAUAUCCUCGCCGGGCGGCGUCACGGAGUAUAAUCUGAUGCUGCGUUCUCGCUAUCGUGGGAUUUCCUACAAGAUUUGUGGCCUUAACAUUUUACUUUAACCCGUAUAGAAUGAAACCACGCAUGUUAAUGAGUGGAAAUUAUAAUUAUGUAAAUUGUUGUAUCAAACAUGUUUAAGAUUAAAUGUAUUUCAUUAAUAAACGUGAAAGUCUAAUUCGA